AUGGAUGCAACAUUAACUCCAUACGAGUACACAAACCUAGGCCCUGCAGAGAUUCGCCUACUUAGACCAGAUACCCACAACAAGAGUACUGCCUGGAUUCUCGAUACAGUCAGUCUUGAAUCCGUGGCCCUCGAAUUCGACGCUCUGUCUUAUACCUGGGGUUCACAGCUCGAGACCUACCCGAUUGUUUGCAACGGAAAAUCCAUGCGAGUGCAUCAUAAUCUAUACUCAGCCUUGCCGUUCUUAGCGCACCGUAUGGGAGAACUGACGCAUCGGCCGAUAUGGGUGGACGCUGUGUGCAUCAAUCAAAACGACGACGAUGAGAAGGCUGUCCAGAUCAAGCUUAUGGGCCAACUGUAUCGAAGAGCAAAGCGAGUAUGGGUCUGGCUUGGCUGCGCGCCUGCUGAAGUGCAAUCGCACAUCUCAAAUGCUAUUAGCUUGCUUCCGUACAUUGUGGAAGAAGCAACGCGGCGUAAAGCAUCAACGUAUACGUCGAGAGAAGAGAAAGUCGCGCUGCCAUUGCGCGACCUCGAACCUGAGUUAUGGCAAGCAAUCCUUCACCUUUUGCGCAAUUCAUGGUACUCAAGGGUUUGGAUCAUACAAGAAGUGGCAUUGGCUUCUGAUAUAGUGUUCCUUUGCGGGGCGGACAAGAUUGACGCUGCGUCGCUCGAAUCUGCAGUGGAGAAUGACAGAGUCUCUUAUUGGAAGAUUUCUGAUAUCAACGGCAAUCCAGUCAAGCCUGGACACAUGGGGUUCGAUAACUCCACGGUUUUCCACAUCAGAGAGCUAGCACAAGGAAGCAGAGCGUCAUUGUCACUGGACUCCGUAUCCCUACUCCUUCGUGUGACUCUUCUGAUGACAGGAGAGCAUGCUUGCUUCUUGGAACAAGACCGAGUUUACGGCAUGCUAGGACUCAUCAGAGAAGAAGAGUUAGCUAGUCUUGCGAUUGACUUUCACGCUUACACGUCGGUCCCGACUUUGUACACUCGAUUCGCGACAUAUCUUCUGCUCAACAACGAUCCAAACAAAACGCAGUUCUGGUGGCGAGUCUUCAAUAUGGCAUUCUCAUUCCACAAGCUCAAUGGGCUUCCUUCUUGGGUGCCUGACUUUCAUCAUCAAGGAAGGAUGACCAAGUUUGUCUGUGUGCCUGCGAGAAUUACGAUGUUUGGGCACAAUACUGCUCAAUAUUGUGCCAGUGCACAGCCUACUGUUGUCACAGCAGGAUCUCGUGUCGGUGAACUGAUGAUUCGAGGGAAAUUUGUGGACGAGAUUAUGAUUACCCAUGCACCGUGCGUACGAAACUUAGAGAAAACAGGCGAAGAGGGAGAGGGUGCAAGGUGGAUCAUGACUGUUGCCCAAUGGCACGAAACCAUCGCUCAGAAAAUCUUGGAAAAGUACGACCAUGAAGAUGAUGGAGAUGAGAUUGAAACCUGGCGUGUCUCGGAGAAGACUUAUUGGAAGACUUUAUUUGCUGACAACUUCUUGGAUGAGUCAAACAAGCCAAUCACCAUGACAAUGUGUCGUAUCUUCCGCGGUACAAUGCUACACGUAGCUGAAGCAUGUAACUGGAUCUUGGAGUCAAUAAGAAGAAAAGCAGCUGGAAUAGAAGAAGUGCCCCCAGAGAUCGGACCAAGAUGCUCUGCACGUGUAAGGAUGAGCUCACCCUAUCAACCCAUUCUGGCCAAGUUAGGAAGGCUGGGCGAUAGACAGCUGUUCAAUACUAAACAUGGACGUUUCGGCUUCACCAUCAAAGGCGUACAGCCAGGCGACAUACUCUGCGUCUUCAACUCUGCCUCCACACCCCAUGUCUUGAGACGAAUGACGGAUCGAGAUGAUGGAGCCUACCAGGUCAUCGGAGACGCGUACGUGGAUGGAAUGAUGCUCGUGGAAGUAGAUGCCAUGGGCAUAAAAGACCAGGAUAUCUUGCUCGUCUAA